CUCUUCUGCCGAGCAUUUCAACAACUACGAAAGAUGCAGGAGAAAAACAGCAAACCUUUCCCCUUCGAGUCGCUUCCGCAAGAGCUGCGCGAUAUGGUUUACAAGAACCUACUGGAAGAUGUGUCCUACCCUUUGCAAACCGCAGCUCAGCCUGCAUCAACGCUGAAUGGCAUAUUCUCAGGUCUCUGGGGCGCUGCAACCAGCACACGCUCCACACCUACACAUAAGCGUAGUAAUUGGAUCUUCCUCGUCAAUAAGCAGCUCUACGCUGAAUACAUGGACAUGCACUGCAAGCAGUCGACCUUCUGCCUAACCGUUUCGCCCGAGAACCACCAAACCGCCGACAAGGACGCACGGAUCUGGACCAUCGCGCCCUCGACCCUAAAACAGAUCCGCAAAGCGCACCUUGAGAUCAUCACCACCAGCGCAAUGUUGGGCUGCACGGACCCGCGCAACAUGGAGUCCUCAUCUUGGACGCUCGCAGAGCGUAUACGCUCUGAGCUCAGUCGUCUGGAGUCGUGCACCCAUCUCACACUAGGUGCGAAAGCGAUCGGCGAUCCCCUGUGGAAUCCGCUCUGGAUAUGGUUUCACUCGAGUCAGAGUUUUAAGAAUAUUGGUACCGAAUUGUCAGAUCACCAUGGCGGGCCGACGCUGAAUAAGAUUACGUUUAGUCUGGAUACAUGGAGUCCAGGGGAAAAUUAUCUGGAAAGAGACGCGCUGAAUAAGGGUGCGUGGACGUGGUAUUGUAUGAAGGGACAUAGCGUCGGUAUUGAUGGAGGGAGUGAACAGACGGUCAGGGAAUUUUGUGGCAUGCUGUAUCGUGAGUGUCGGACGUGUCGGCCUGUUGAGGGAGGUGAA